GAGUUGCAGUAAAUAGCUUAGCAUCAUGGGAAGCUUCGGGGGUCACGCUCUUCCUGGGUCUUUCUUCAUUAUCAUGUCAAUUUGGUGGACCGUCUCUAUUUUCAAUCGGCACUUCAAGUCCUUGAAAAGAAACACUCGAUUCAAAUCAUCCGUAACUUUUCCCUUUCUCUGCUGUCCUGGAAGGCUUAAAGCAUGGCCCUUGGAAGCAAUGUUAAAACUUUUCAUGGUGUCUGUCGGAUUUUCAUUGGAAAUUUACACCGGCAUGAGUGAUGGGAAAUUCUCAGCCCUUGGAAAUGGACAGCAUGCAACCAUGUUUUUCUUUUUCGGUAUUGCGGCGGUAAUUGACUUGCUUUUAUUUUAUGAUGUGCCAUUGCCUAAGGGUUUAGACUAUGUUGCAACUAUCAUCGCCAUAGGUGUUGAAGGACUUUUGUUCAAUUUUCAUCUCCAUGGGCGAUCACACUUGGAUGUGCGGCUGCAUACCCUUCUUAUUUACACCAUUGCCUUAAAUGCAGUAGGAAUGAUCUUAGAAAUGAAGUAUCGUAACAAUGUUUUGUGUGCUCUUUCCCGAUGCUAUGGGUUUUUACUCCAGGGUACGUGGUUCUGGCAAGUUGGAUUCAUCCUUUACAACCCAAAUCCGAACCAUAUUCCAUGGAAACCGGAUAACCAUGAUGAUUUAAUGAUUGCGACUCUGUACUAUUCCUGGCACGCUGCCGCAGAUUUCCUCGUUAUUCUGUGCAUUGGCGGAGUGAUAGGCUGUAUUCAUCGACGAUGUGGAGGAUAUGAUGAAAAAGAUGAAUUUGCAAUGAAAAGACUGAUCCACACUGGUUCCAAUGGCCAAACCUUGAUCUCAAUGCACGAGGAACAGUGAUAUUGAAAUCAAUAAACCUGUAUCCAAAUAAUCCAGGUCUGUCAUCAAGGCAAUCCAGACCAGUGUAUGCAAAUGAUGCUCUACUCCA